AUGAGCAGUCUACACCUUGCCAAUGAUUCUGACUCCAUCCACUCAUCUCCACCAAUCUCGAGAUGGACCCUGAUCACUCAUCAUCUUCUACCGCACAGAUCUCUCGGAUCGAUAUCUGGCCGGGAUGUGGAGCUGCAGAGCAUCAGUGUCUCGGAUGCACCUCCACCGCCGCAAAACCCCGGUUAUACGCUUGUGCAAGCCACAGACGAUGAGCCACGAACCGGUGAAGCCUCAACCGGUGAGAUCUCGGAUGGAUUACCGGCCGAAUCUAGAGAAUGGGUGAGAGGAGUUCGCUUAUACGCGUACGCAAAUGCCGUUAUACUCGUGCUCAAUGUGGCUCUCACCAUGGUGGCGGGCAUCUAUGGCCGUCGAUUUGACUUUGUGUCGUUUUCCCUUACUGAUGGCGGCUGUGAAAAGGCAAAGAACACCACCACAGGCGUGCAUGUUAUGAUCAAUAUGCUUAGUACAGCCCUGGUUGCCACGAGCAGCUACUGCUGUCAGCUGCUGAUGGCACCGACUCGGCAAGAUGUGGAUGAGGCACCUGCUCGGCGUAUCUGGCUGUCUGUCGGGUCAUUCAAUAUCAAGAACUGGAUCCUUCUACAUCGGCGUCGUAAGAUAUUGUGGGUGUUGAUGUUUGGAACUUCGAUAGUUAUCCAGCUGAUAUACAACUCUGCAGUCUAUUCAUCUACCAGUGCGAAUGACUCUAGCGUGGUGUCUGUACCCCUGCAGUUCGCAAAUGCAAGCUACCCAGAUAGUCAGUUUUCCACCGGAGACUGCUUCGAGUAUUAUGUUGGGCACAACGCGAGUAGUCUUCGCCAAAGUAUGCUUGCAGAUCUAUUCGAAACGCUCGCUGGGAAUGACUGCAUCAACAUAUACGCCGGAACCCCUCUUGUCGAGUCAUGUCUGGCUGAGAGGAUCUCCGAGCACUGUCGAGUCUUUGUCAACAUCCCCAUCCGCCUUGUUGUGAUUGCCUGCAACUUGGUCAAGGUCGUCUGCAUGUUCAUCACCACCCAUGAAGACCGCAGCGAUGUCUUCAACACCAUUGGCGAUGUGAUUGCCUCCUUCCUCAAACGACCCGAUCCCACCACUGCCAACGAAUGCAUGCUUGACCGGGAUACUCGUCGCCUUCCAGACUGGCCAAUUUAUAUCUGGAAAUCAGUCCAUCUCAGGCCGCAGCCUACCCAACCAAUACCUAAGCUACCCCCUCCAAUCCAUCCUACACAACCUCUAACGCAGCCUCGUCACUGGGCCAGUGCAGCCAAGCUCAGCCUGCGGCUUAUAGCCGGUUAUCUCACCCCACUCUGUUUCGGUCCUAUCGGCCUCAGCAAUAGCUUCGUGGGCAUGGUUCUUCUCGUGAAUACCGUUCAGCUGCUGGUCACUGGUCUGUACUUUCUGUAUAACAAUAUGCUCACCCGGAUGCUGCUACCAGUCGAGUACAAUGACUUUGCAAUUGAACAAAAACCCCUUCGCGUUUCCUUUCCCAAAGCAGAGCAGCGAUCGACAAUCUACCUGAUCAUUCCCUACCGAUACAGCGCCCCGAUGCUGCUGGCAUUUACAAUCGUACACUGGCUGGUAUCCGAACGUCUAUUCUUUGUUCAGGUUCUACCAUACAACGUCCACGGUAAACCAGUUAUCCUCAAUAAAUGCGGGUACUCGGCUAUGGCGCUGCUCAUUGCCGAGCUUAUCAUAAUCACGGCAGCUGCCAUCAUCACCGGACUGUCCUUUCGAAAGUUCAAAGCGCCCAUGAUGCCUCUUGCUUUUAAUUGCAGUGCGGCUAUCAGUGCUGCAUGCCACCCACCGCCAGAUGACCAGGACGCACCAUAUCAUCCCGUAAUGUGGGGAGAGGUGCAGAUAAAUCCAGCUGAUACGGUUGAAUAUAUUCCAUAUCGCCAUGGCAUCUUUAUUUCUAAAGCGUUGUUCCUCCAAAGUUGA